AUGGCCGGCAACGUGCGACAACCCAUAGACGUGCCCUCACUAGAGCGGUACAUCACUGCCCAUGUCCCUGAAAUUGCUGUGCCCGUUGACGUCAAGCAGUUCGGCUAUGGGCAAUCCAACCCAACCUACCAGCUCACCGACAAGAAUGGCAAGAAAUUCGUCAUGAGGAAGAAGCCCCCGGGCAAGCUUCUCUCCAAGACGGCACACAAAGUCGACCGCGAAUACCGCAUCAUCCACGCCCUCGAGAAGACCGACGUGCCCGUCCCCAAGGCCUACGCCCUCUGCCAGGAUGAAAGCGUUAUAGGCAGUGACUUCUACAUAAUGGAAUUCCUCGACGGCCGUAUCUUCGAAGACCCCGCCAUUCCAGGCGUGACGCCCGAGGAGCGAACGAAGAUGUGGCACUCUGCCAUAAUCACGCUUGCAAAGUUCCACCGCGUGUCCCCCUCGGCCGUCCACCUCUCGACCUACGGCAAACCCUCUGGCUUCUACAACCGGCAGAUCGCAACCUUCAACACCAUCUCGCAAGCGCAGGCGGCGACCAAGGACCAAGAAACCGGCGAGCCCGUCGGCAAAAUCCCGCACCAAGACGACAUGGUCGCCUUCUUCAGCGACCCAGCGACGCAGCCCGCGGACCGAGGAACGUUUGUGCACGGCGACUACAAAAUCGACAACGUCGUCUUCCACAAGACGGAACCGCGCGUCAUCGGCAUCCUCGACUGGGAAAUGAGCACCAUCGGCCACCCGCUGUCGGACCUGAACAACGUGCUGGCGCCGUACCUGACGGCGUCGUCGGAGAAGGCCAAGUCGGUGGGUCGCGCACACGAGGGAUUCCAACCCAACGCCACACCGGGGCUGCCCUCGCGCGAGCAGCUGAUUGACUGGUACAGCGAGGUCGCAGGCUGGGACCCGCGGCCGGAUCUGACGUGGGGGGACGCGUUUGCUACGUACAGAAACACCAUCAUCAUGCAGGGCAUCGCGGCGCGGUAUGCGGUCAGGCAGGCGAGCAGUGCACAGGCCAAGGACUACGGCGCUAUGAUGAAGCCGUACGCCGAGGUCGCGUGGGAUCUGGUGCAGGAGUACAAGCGCGGGCAUACCAAGGAUGGAAAGGCGAAGCUGUAG